AAUGAGUAUUACAACAUGGCUCCAUGGUUUAAACGGUGCUGGAAGAACGACGAUCACAAAAAAGUAAAAAAUGAACAACCAAAACUUACAAAUAGUGUUGAAGUGUUAAACGAAUCUCAAGUCGAUUUAAAAAUCAACAGUACAAUGUCGAGCAGUGACAACAAUUCAUCAAAAGGACGAGUGCACGCUGCCAUUAUCUCGGGUGUGAACGCACAAGCAGGCACGGUUAGCGUCGAGUGGUAUGAGUCGACUGAAACCAAAGGAAAAGAGGUGAAUAACAUCACUAUUCUAUCCUGUUUAAUUGAGUUGAAAUCGUAUUUAUUUAAACACUAUCAUUCUAUAACUUACACAACUCCUCUAAUUUUCAAUUCCAAUUCAUGUUUUGCAUCGACAUGCAUUAGAGAAUUUUUCAAAGAUGUUUUGUUACUUGUGACCCAUACUUUGAUCUCUUGGAAAACGCCACAGGAGUCUUCUGAAGACGACGCCUAUCUGCAGCGAUACGACUUGUAUCCUGAGGUGGAGGAGGAGGAGUAUGAAGAAGAACAGGACCUCCUCCAGGAGGAGGAAGGCGAUUAUGAGGAGGAGGAGGAUGAUGAGGAGGGAGUGAGUGGCGGAGGACCUAGUCGUCUGAAAACCUCAGCCACUCUCUCGAUUCGACAGACCUCUUCGUCGACUGCAUCCUCAGUGCGUUCGUAUUCAACGAAGCCAUCGAUUCCGGUUGUUACGAAUAAAGGCUCCACCCGCACCGGACGCGGCACCUCGCGGCAGUCGAAGGUGGUGUCGACGCUGAACGGCCAUGCCAAGGAGAACGGCCGCAUCCAGGACAGCAUCCCCCCCUCCACCCCAGUCGCGCCCCCUCAGCUCUCCCUCGUCAACAACAUGGUCACCACAAGGCAGAGCACCCCUCAGCCUCCCCCCACCGCCAACAUCACCAAUGUCUCCGCCAACCAGCAAGUGAAAGGAGGCAAAAAGUGCAGCGCUCUAAAGGAAGUUGAAAAGCUGGAAGAGAACCGCAAAAAGAGGCGGCAACAGCAGGCUCAAUUGAAAGAGGAAAAGGAAGCUUUAAUGAACAUGGAUCCUGGGAACCCCAACUGGGAGCUACUUGCUAUGAUUAGGGAAUACCGGUCUCAAAUCGAUUUUAGAACAUUGCGAGAAACAGAUACCGUAGAUGAUCACCAGAUUACCGUCUGUGUUAGGAAACGGCCAUUGAAUAGGAAAGAACAAAUGCGCAAAGAAGUGGACGUGAUCACAGUGCCGAGCAAAGACCAGAUAAUAGUUCACGAGCCGAAGAACAAGGUGGACCUGACCAAGUACCUGGAGAACCAGCGGUUCCGGUUCGACUAUGCGUUCGACGACUCGUGCACCAACGAGAUGGUCUACCGCUACACGGCCAAGCCACUGGUCGAGACCAUAUUCGAGGGAGGCAUGGCCACGUGCUUUGCCUAUGGCCAAACGGGCAGUGGCAAGACGCACACCAUGGGUGGCGACUUCAACGGCAAGACGCAAGAUUGCAAGAAGGGCAUCUACGCCAUGGUCGCCAAGGACGUCUUCAAGUUCCUCAACGCCUCCAAGUACCAGCCACUCAACCUCAUUGUCGGCGCCAGCUUCUUCGAAAUAUACAGCGGCAAGGUAUUCGACUUAUUAGCAGAUAAAGCCAAACUUAGAGUCCUAGAAGACGGAAAACAACAAGUCCAAAUAGUCGGAUUGACUGAAAAAGUAGUUGAAUCGGUUGAAGAAGUUUUAAAAUUAAUUCAAUAUGGAAACAGUGCGAGAACGUCUGGUCAGACAUCAGCCAAUUCGAAUUCGUCGCGAUCGCACGCUGUCUUCCAAAUCAUAGUGCGAACGCCAGGAAUACACAAAGUCUAUGGAAAGUUCUCGUUGAUCGAUCUGGCUGGAAACGAGAGAGGGGCUGACACGUCUUCUGCCGAUCGACAAACAAGGAUGGAAGGAGCCGAAAUUAAUAAGUCAUUAUUGGCAUUGAAAGAAUGCAUCAGAGCGCUUGGCCGAAGAGGAGCCCAUCUUCCUUUCAGAGCUAGCAAACUAACUCAGGUUCUACGAGACUCCUUCAUUGGAGACAAGUCAAGGACAUGCAUGAUCGCGAUGAUCAGCCCGGGCAUGAGCUCGUGUGAGCACUCGCUGAACACACUGCGCUACGCGGACCGCGUGAAGGAGCUGGCGGCCACCGACCCAGUGGAGGGGGGCAAGGGGGGCAACUACAGUGAUGGCGAGGGCAGUGGCAGGGAGGGUGGCGGCAACCUGGAUGACAGUGACUUGGCCACCUUACGCUCUCUCAAUGAGGGUGAACUGUCAGCCGACCUGUUGACAUUCCACGAGGCAGUAUCACAGCUGCAACUGCAAGAGGAGGAGCUGCUCGACUCACACAAAGCUCUGGUCACCGAGUUCAUUCCCGACUGGCGCGAGAGGCAUGCAAGGUUGCACGCCAUGACACGCAACGUCGACUACGAUCAAGAUGCAUACUCGUCCGAACUGGAGGCAUUGGCCAUGGAGGAGAUUAACACGAAUAUGAAUUUUCUGAAGAAGGUUCAGGCAUUCCGAAAACAGCUGGUAGCCGAAGAGCAGUUCAGCAAGAACAUUAAACCGAAAACCAACCAAUAAAUUGAACUGUCAAGAGUCCUACAUCACCGUCGAUGUGUUUAACUAUUUAUUUAUUCUAGUAAAUAUAAUCAUCCAUUCUAUCGAGCGCCCCUACUUGGUUCCUUAUGGAAUGCUUAGUGAUUAUGAAUCACAUUGAAAACCAAUGGCUUGGAUUGCUUGCAAUCUGGCAAAUCUGAAAUUCUAUGACUACUUCCUUAAUAAAUUAUUUCAAUCUAUAUUACUUACUGUUUGUAAAUUACAUGAAAUGUGAUGAGUUAGACACUUGUAUAAAUAUUUUUGAGUAAGUAAAACUGACUACUACUUUCACUGAGUCGUGAUAUUUAGAUAAAUUUAUGUUAAAGAUCAGAAUCUUCACUGAUCAUAUCGAAUGUGAAAUGAAUAAUAAAUUACUGGGAAUGAACAACUAAAUAUAUACUUAAUAUUUAAUCUUUCAGCUUUACUAGGAGCUAUUCAACCAUUUUUGUGUUGCAAUGCUUUUUCUAUGCAUGGAAUAGAAUUCUACAAACAUAAAUUUCAAAGCAAGCCAUAAGUUACCAAUAGUUUUGACAUCGGUUCACUCUCAUCUUGAUAGUGGUGAUAAAAAUGCUAGAAUCAACCAAAAUUGCUGAUUUUACGAAACUCUUGAUAUUUAAUUUAUUAAUUAUAGUUUUUAUUCUGUGUUUUAUAUGAAAUAUUGUAUGUGGACUGCUCUAAGAUAUUAUAAAUUUAAAAAGUAGCUGUAUUUAAUGUUUUAUUGUUUUGUUGAGUUUGAACUGAAAAUUAGAAUUAAAUGGAAAUAUACGCCUUAAUAUUUUUAACUAUAUUGACAGUUGAGUAUCAUCUUACUAAUUUUCGCUUUUAUAUUUGUACUCAUACUGUAUAAUAAAUUCCAGUUAUAAUAUUUUUUAUAUAUCAGUAACAAUUUAAAAGAGAAUAAUAAAUUGAUCAGUCACUUUGAUAACACAAUUUUGUUAUUAAUACCAAUAAUGGAUAUUCAUAUUUGUUCUUUAUUUUAUUGUUAGUCAAUAGAUAAAUCAUUUUCAUGAACGAUAACAGAAGUUACUACUCUAUCUAUUUAAUAAAUUCAGAUUAUUCACGUUUACAUCUAGAAUCCUAGUAUACCAGAUUUUCUCGUGAAAAUAUAAUAUCCAUUUUUGAAUCCAAUCUGUUUCCCAGCAUGAACUUGAAUCCAUAUAUUAGCGUGAAAACAAUAUCUUUGAAGAAUGCGUGAACGAUUGUUCACUAUAAAGUUUCUGUAUUACACUGAGGAACAAGCUUCAGCAUAGUUUGAGGCUUUCUAUUAUAAUAAUUUGUACAGGUUUGAUAUUUCAUGAAUUUACCUCAAACCAUCCAGCACAGUGAACUCAUUGACUCCUGUACUUAUUGAGUGUAAUUUGGUUCACCGAUUCAUUAUAAUUUUUAAAAGAUUUCACCAGAAUAUUUCCAUAGAUUCUUGAGCAUCUAUAUGAUUCCUACUUUUCAAAUGCCUUAUUUUACAUUUUAGCCUUAAUUUCUGUUGUGUGUAAUCAUCGUCAAGAUAUUGUUGAACUGAGUGUUUGAUUGUUUAUUUUUAUACAAAUCUGGAAGAGAUUAUUAAUGUGCAAGUGAUAAUAACAAUGUUUGUUCAACCAAAAUUGCUGAUUUUACGAAACUCUUGAUUUUUAAUUUAUUAAUAAUUAUAGUUUUCACCUCAUCAAUUAAAUUUUUUCAUCAUUUAAAUUCGAAUUCAGUCAAGUCACUAAAAUUUAAUCUAUGUACAAAAAUGAGUCAGUGCGACUAAAUUUAUCUUUCAUUAUUUGAUUUGCUUCUCUUAGCAAUAAAAGAGUUUUCCUUGUUUAUUGAAAGUUUGAAACUGUGUACUAAAUCGAGAACAAUAUUAAAUUCCUGUGUUAACAA